CCCGAGCGGCGCCGCUGCUGCUGCUGCUGCUGCUGCUGGGUCUGCGCGCCCUUGUCCCCGGCCUCCGCCAUGCCGUCGCCGCUGUACCUCCGGCUGCCAGACGAGGCUCGGUCGAUCCCGCCCCCGCGGCUGUUCAACAGGGGCUCGGUCUACCUGGGCUUCCUGGGCUGGAUCAGCGUUUUGCUGGAGAACGCCAUCAGACAGAGGCCCGUCCUGAGAACGGGAGUCCAUCGCCAAGUCCUGGUCACAUCUCUUGGCUUCUAUCUAGGUUAUUACCUCUGUAAGCGAGCCAAUUACGAAUAUGCUUUAAAGGAUAGACAACUUUCAGAAUACAUAAGGCACCAUCCUGAGGACUUUAAGGGAAAAGAAAAGAAACGCAUGGCAGAAGUUCUGGAGAAUUUCCAUCCAAUUCGCUGAAGACCUUGCAAACAGUUGGUGUCUCACUCGUUGCUUUGUUAUCCCACGAGUAAUCUGUCGAGCGUGGGAUUUGUGCAUAACCUAUGUCAGUAGUUGAGAUGAAAUACUUGUUUCAAACACUUGGACCUUUAAUCUUAUCAUUAAAGCUAUGACUAAGUAA